AUUCGACUUACUUCCACAAGUGACAACUGAUCGUCGAUAGUUCCUUGUGUAGUCUUUUAGUAGUUACAAAGAGGGCCUUCGCAAGAUACAUGAGAGUGUUUUCUUUAAGUCUUAAUGCUGCCCUGGUGUCAUCAGUCUUACAGGGAUGGAAGGGGAGAGAAUGGACACGGGAAUCCCGAAAGAAAUCAUUAAUGUGGAGGUGCUCGUUAAAUCUCUCAGCACAGCUAAAGUAUCAGAGGUGAGGACACAUGUUCUAGCUCUGCUGAACCGCCACAGCAUGGUAUUUGGAAACUACAGAUGGACAGAGUUUGAUGAAGACUUCCUCCAGAAAAAUGUGGAAUCGGUGGCUAUAGUUGAUCUCGAGGAAAUGAUAACGCAGCCCCUUGAUUUAAAGAGCUGCUCUGUCUCUGUUCACAUCUUUACUCUGAGUGAGGAAAGCCCCAGCACACUCAGUUUGGAGGACGACGAGGAGCUUUCUGCAGCCAAUCACUGGUUGCUGCCGGCAGCUGAAUUCCAUGGGAUUUGGGAGAGCCUGGUGUAUGAGAAUGGACUUAAAACCCAGCUCCUAGAUUAUGUCACAACAACAAUUUACUUCUCAGACAAAAAUGUUGACAGUAACCUGAUUUCAUGGAACCGCGUUGUGCUGCUUCAUGGACCUCCAGGCACAGGGAAAACAUCACUGUGCAAAGCUCUUGCCCAGAAACUGUCAAUCAGACUUUCAAGUCGGUAUUCGUAUGGACAAUUUGUAGAGAUAAACAGCCACAGCUUGUUCUCAAAGUGGUUCUCAGAGAGCGGUAAGCUGGUAACAAAGAUGUUUCAAAAGAUCCAACAGCUAAUUGAUGACAAAGACGCUCUUGUGUUCGUUCUGAUUGAUGAGGUGGAGAGUCUAACAGCAGCGAGGAAUGCCUGCCAAGCGGGAACAGAGCCGUCUGACGCCAUACGAGUGGUCAACUCUGUCCUCACUCAGCUGGAUCAGAUUAAACAACACUCCAAUGUUGUGAUCUUGACAACCUCCAAUGUGACAGAAAAGAUUGACUUGGCAUUUGUAGACAGAGCUGACAUCAAACAGUACAUCGGGCCCCCAUCAGAAAAGGGCAUCUACAACAUCUACCUCUCUUGCCUUGAAGAGCUGAUGAAGUGCCAGAUCAUCUAUCCUUGGCAGCAGCUGUUUACCAUGUUUGAACUAGAGACCAUGGAUUUUGCAAAGAGUGAAGUCUCUGAACACAGUCUGAUCCUGAGGAACAUUGCUCUAAAAAGCAAAGGUUUGAGUGGAAGGGCACUCAGGAAGUUACCCUUUCUAGCCCACGCACUGUUUGUAAAGACACCGACAGUGAGUCUUGAGAAGUUUCUGGAUGCUAUGGACCAAGCGGUGGAUAAGCAGAAGGAGGAAAAAGCUAACCUGGUCAACUGUGUCUGAACUCACUGACCAAAGGCGGACUGUGCGCCUUAGGUCACAGAGACAAGAUUGUUCUAUCAAACCUAAAAAAAGAUUUGUAGUAAAACUGCAACCUGUAACAUCUUUAUUGGAAGCACUAUGUUAAUAUACUGACAAGUAACACUUUAACAAAUAUAUUCAAUCUUUCCUCAGGUAAUGUUUUGGUGCUAUUGCCUUAGAGGAGUAAGUUUAUGUCUGUGUGUUUCAGUAAACACAUUUACCUGAAGGCUCUAACUGUUUACUUUAAUUCAACUACUUUAAAAAGUAUUUCCAUUUUGGAUCUAAAAUACAGCUUUAACCUUAACAAUGCUACAUCAUUUUUCUUUUCAUGCUAAAGGGACAGUUCAGUUGCUUUAUAUAAGAUAAUGGAAUACUGUUGAAUAGAUGUUAGCUCACACUGUGGAAGUUUUUGGCCAAAUGACAGCUUGUGUCUCCGACAUGACUAGUGGGUAUUGAUACAGCAAAGCUCAUGCAGAUUAUUGACGGUUAAAGGAUUUUAAGUUCUGUGUUGUGGUUGGAAAUAUCAGUUAGGUGCUGUUUGAAGUAUCUGCAUCUGUUUGUUCACUGAGCUCAACCUGUUGCAAACUAUUCCUUUAUCUUACAUUGUUUGUCUUGCAUCUUACCUUUUUUCCACUGCAGGUGUUGUAUGUUUAAAAAGGAACUUUCCCUGAAAAUGUUCAUUUAUUAUAUUUUUGUGUUCAAACUCAGUCAUUGUGGUCAUUGUUUUGUAUAUAAAGUUGUAAUAAAGUGUUAUUUGUGCUUC